AUGGCAGAGAGGAAAACCAGCGACGGAGGAGAAGUUGUGAUUAAUGUUUCAGAUAAAGAUUCAGAUGCGGUGACUACCAAAACAAAGCCGUUAAGCACUCCCACUCCUGAAAUCGAUAAGCUCUCUGGUACUAGCCCAGCUAACGAUGAAGGUCUAGCUCGGAGGAAAUCUUUUUCGAGGUCAGUUUACUCCAAGCCCAAUUCAAGGUUUGGGAGACAACAGUCUUUUCGAUUCGAUAAAACUAUAGUAGAAGAAAAUGGUGGAACUUCUUUCGAUAAACGAGAUAGGAGCGUGGACUCAGCAGCAAUGAGUGAAGUUGCUGAGGAAGAAACGGAUGAAAAUGAGGAAAUCUACAAAAAGGUUAAGCAAAACCAGGUGAAGCGUAGUAGGACAAAACCUAUGGCUCUGCUUCAAUACGCAGUGCUUAUGACCAUUCUGUGCACUUUGGUUGUGAGUUUAACCGUUGAUCAGGUGAACAAGCAUCACAUUUGGGGUUUGGAACUCUGGAAAUGGUGCGUGCUUGUGAUGGUUACGCUCUGUGGCAUGUGCUUUACUAACUGGUUCAUGCAUUUAGCAGUGUUCAUCAUAGAAAAGAACUACCUCCUCCGGAAAAAAGUGUUGUACUUUGUGCAUGGUUUGAAGAAGAAUGUUCAAGUCUUCAUUUGGUUUAGCUUGAUUCUUGUUACUUGGAUAUUUUUGUUCGAAGAGGACCAUAAACACUCUCGUAAGACCAAGAAGUUUCUCGACUUUAUAACUUGGACUAUUGUCUCCCUUCUCAUCGGGUCAAUCCUUUUCAUGGUGAAGACAUUGGCCUUGAAAGUUCUUGCUUCAAAGUUCAACGUAAGAAACUUCUUUGAGAGGAUUCAAGAGUCUGUCUUCCACCAAUACGUUCUCCAGACCCUCUCUGGACCUCCGCUUAUAGAAGAGGCAGAGAAGGUCGGGCAAGAGCCAAGCACAGGACACCUUAGCUUCACGAGCACCGAGGAUGGAUCGGUGAGAGGGAAGAAAGUGCUCGAUAUGGGUAAGGUUCACAAGAUGAAACAAGAGAAAGUCUCUGCUUUGACAAUGAGAGUUUUGAUUGAAGCCGUGGGAGGUUCAGGUCUCUCAACCAUAUCUAACACGUUAGAUGAGUGUCACAAUGAGAAGAAAACCAAUAAAGAGAUAACUAAUGAGAUGGAGGCUGUGGCUGCUGCUUAUGAUAUCUUCAACAAUGUGGCUCAUCCGAACCACAAUUACAUAGAGGAAGCUGACUUAUUGAGGUUCAUGAUAAAGGAAGAGGUAGACCUUGUACUCCCAUUAAUAGAAGGUGCCGAGACUGGAAAAAUCACACGCAAAGCUUUGACAGAAUGGGUGAUUAAAGUUUAUACAAGUCGGAAAGCUCUAGGACAUUCGUUGAACGACACAAAAACAGCGGUUAAGCAGGUGGACAAACUUAUAAUUGGAAUCUUGACCGUUGCCACAUUCAUCAUUUGGUUGAUACUUUUGGAUAUAGCAACGACCAAGUUUUUGGUGGUCUUCUCCUCUCAAUUCGUGGGUCUUGCUUUCAUGAUCGGAAGCACUUGCAAGAAUAUCUUUGAAUCCUUUGUGUUUGUGUUUGUGAUGCACCCUUAUGAUGUCGGUGACCGUUGCGUUAUCGACGGUGUAAUGUUGCUGGUUGAAGAAAUACAUCUUUUGACGACCGUGUUCCUCAAGAUUGACAAUGAGAAAGUGUUCUAUCCAAAUGCAGUUUUAAUAUCGAAACCAAUAAGCAAUUACUACAGAAGUCCAGAUAUGGGAGAUUUUAUAGAAUUUUCCAUAGCAUUCUCAACACCGGCCACGAAAAUAGCCACUUUCAAGGAAAGAAUUGCAAAACACUUGGUGCAAAACCCACAACAUUGGUAUCCAGAACCCAUGUUGAUGGUGAAGGCAAUUGAAAAUGUGAACAAACUGAAAAUGAAUCUGCUCGUCCAGCACACCAUCAACUUCCAAAACUUUGCAGAGAAGAAUGUCAGGAGAACCGGCCUGUUCAUCGAGAUGAAGCGAAUACUCGAGGAGCUUAAGAUCGAUUACACUCUCCUUCCUCAAGAUGUUCAUCUCAUCGGUCACAAGUGA